CUAAGGUUUCAUAACCCUAGCCUCGCCACCCUACCCCUCCUUCUCUCUUCUUGUCCUAUCGUCGGUAUAGGCGUGCCUAUGAUCGUAUUAGGCGUGUGAGGCGCGGCUAUGGCAGAGAAAAGGAUGAAACAUUUAUGGCUUCAUCGUUUUCACGAUUUUCUCCACCAAAAUUCGUCCAAACAUCUCAUGAAAGUUUGUGAAUUGGAAGCACAAAGGCUCCAACUUCAUUCUUGUUCACGGCUGCUCACCAAAAAGAGUGAAAUGAUUGGUGAAUUGGAAGCACAAAGGCUCCAACUUCAUUCUUGUUCACGGCUGCUCACCAAAAAGAUUGGCUUAGAUUAAACAUUUGAGGAAUCAUUACUAGGAAUUAAGAUUGAUCCAAGAUUGUUUAUCUGAUUGCUUACAUGAUAUGCUUCUGUAAUCCAUUUUCCUGCAAGUCUUGAGUGUACAUAUAUGUAUGGAUUGGCAUUAGCUCUAGUUAGUAUGUAAGAUUGUUAUAUGCUAGGAUUUGUAAAAGGAAUGUGAGCUAAGCCAUUAUUUCUAAAUGUUGGCCUUAAGUUACAAAACUCUUCCAAGGCUCUUCUCUGAAACGAAUCAGUACAAUGCUCAAAGGGGAAACGUUCCUGCUAUGUCCAUUCUUGAGUUGUUUUGUACUUCUGAUUUGAAUUCUAAGUAUUUGCUUAUAUGGUUAGAAUCACUACUUGACUGUUUGCCUUUCUGCAUCUCUGAGAAUACCCUCCCUAUGUGCUGAAUUACCAUUGCUUGCUAAUCUAGUUGUGUGCAUCUCUGGGACUGGGUUGAAUAGAUCUUAUGACAAGGCAUGACUUGUAGGGAGUUUAGACCUAUUUGUGAUGAUUCUGUGAAGUUAAAAGGACCUGAGUAACCUGCCUAUGGCAAGCUGACCCAUGCUAUGACUUUGAAUAACUCAAUGAAACCUUGAGGAGGUUGAGAAAUGGUUAUGACCCUAACUUAAAUGAUCAUGUAUGUUUAUAUGUGCAUGUAUUUGAAACUUUUUGGAUUGAAUUCUUGGCUGUGAAUAGUUUGAGAAACAAAUUUCCACAUGAUCACAAGGGACUGAAAGUGAGUUAAGACCACAUGACCUGAGAUGAGCCUUUUUAAAAAGUGCCCUAGAGAAAGGAAUAAGGGAGAACCAAGCCUAGCUUGGUUCAUAACACCUUUCCUUCAUAUAAAGGGAAACAUGGCACAUCUACGACCUGUGGGCUUGUAUGCUCAUUGUAAAGGACCUUAGGAUCACAUGGAUUCUAUUACUGGACCAAAAGAGACCCCAGAUUAGAGUUAAGUAUACAUUUAGGAAUGAUUGAUGGUUUGAUUAAAUAAGGAGUUUAAGUGUGCAUAUGUGUUUAAUUUAGGCACAAAAGGAAGGCUUAACAUAGAUAUGAAACUAGGAUGUUAAAUAUUGAAUCAUUAAAAGUCAUUAGGGACAUGAGAUCCUUUUCUGCAAGAACUCAGCCAACGAAGCAUGUUUGUCUUUUCUUUGAACCCCUUCCCUUUUUUUUUUUCUGAGUUUAUAAUUCCCGCAUGAAUCUUACAUAUCCUUGCCACAUAUUGUCGUCCUUAUGUUAAAGCUCAACUGGACCUUAAAAGAUGUAAUACUUACCCUUUCCAUGCCCCUAUACUUGUUUAUAAUUUUUCUUGUCCAUGUCGCGUUUGCUUGUCUAAAUAGCACUACUAUCUCUACAUGAUACCAUGUCUUGUAUACAAUAACCUAGACACAGAAAAGUUUUAGUUCUUCAUCUGCAAUGCCUGUUUACUUGUGCCAUGAGUCUCAUUUCCGGUGUGUCUCAUUUUCUAAUCAAUAUGUUACUGUUUCUCAUAGCGCCCCAUUUUGUGUCUGAUAUGUUGGGUGAGAUAAAUGAUCCUCCCAUGCCUGCAUCACUUUGAGUUUUGAAUUUAUCCUCGAGUCUGAAUUAAAUCGACUACUAUACCGUACAUGCUAGAAUUUGGGUAUUGGUGUCCACGUAGGACUUUAUGACUUAUCUGGUUUGGAGUGUUUGUUUGAAUGGUCUAUGUCUAAGUAUGGUCUUUGUGCAGGUUAGGAUUCAUGUCUGGUGCAAAGGGCAAGAUUUCGCCAAUCAAUUGAGAUAAGAGCCUUAGAACCUAUUUAGGGAUGAAUAUACAUAAGGAGUAUACCUUAGGUCCUUAGAAAAGGGAGAGUAUACAUCUAAUAUACACCUGGUGUAGACAUGAUAUACGACUUAAUGUGUAUAUCUAGGAUAUAUUGUGUCUAAAAGGAGGAGAAUCUCAUUCAGUUUCAAUUGCAAGCUUAGUGUUCAACUACAGCUUUAGAAUCGACCUGGCCCAGUGCAAGUUUUGCAAGGUAGAGGCAAACCUAAAAACCUUAAGACAAAAGAAAGAGGGCUCAGCUAUUUUAUCUCCAGUACUUAGCCUUGGGCUGUAGAGGCCCAAUGUUAUAUAUUCACAUUGUUCCUGAUUAUUCUAUAUGCAUAUAUAUGUGUGCAUUAUACAUUUAUAUUUAUAUGAGUGAAGUACAAAAAAUUAUAAACUAACUAGGUCCCUCUUUUUUUUCCCAUCCUCCUCACUGCAUGGCCACUUUGAGCCGAGACCAGUUAACUUGUUGGGCCAAAGGCCCAACCGGCGAAUUCUUUCAAUAUAAAUCGAGUCCGAAGAAGAAUAAAAAUGGAAGCAAAUAUUGUAUGCAUAGAAGGCCCUGCCAUGAGUGAAAAUGGCCAACAAGGGGCUUGGUACGCCCCUAGCCUUCCCUCCCUUUUAUUGUCAUUUGUUUAUUUUGCUUUCUUUAAAGUGCAAUUUUGUUGUAUACUUGUAUUUUGCACAAAGUGUUAAAAAACUCAGACACAUAUAUUGGAAUCUUUAUUAUUUGAA